CAACCUCUGGAUCAAUGGCGUUUGUUGCUCCCUUCUCCUUCCCUCAGUGCUCUCCGUCCCCACCUCUUCUCUUCUGCUCUUCUCCUCUCCUCCCACUUCCCUUCUCCAAACCCUCCCAUUCCCUCCUCUCCAUUCGCCGAAGCCUUCCCACUCCCUCUGCCACCACACGAGACUCCAACUUCCACCCCGCUUCUCCCAAAAAACACCCCAAGUUCCAGCCUUUCCGGCCCCACGGCCUCGCCCUGACCUCCGACGACCGGAACCAUGAAGAGACUCCAACCACAUUGCUCCACGAAGAAGCAGAAACCAAGAAUUCACGAUCAGAUGUCUGCUCUGACAUGUCCUGUGCCUAUAAAACAGAGUACGAACACCAAAUGACCCUCGCCGAGCUCCUGGACAAGAGUGGAGUCCUGCCCGUGUCCGUUUACGGCAAUUUGGAUGUAUCGAUCACCGGAAUCCAGCAGGAUUCCAGAGAGAUCACUGCCGGGGACCUCUUUGUCUGCUGUGCCGGGUCGAAGACCGACGGCCACUUGUAUCUUUCCGAAGCCUGUGACCGAGGAGCUGCGGCGGUGUUGGCGGACAAAGAAAUCAAUAAAGAUGAGAUCUUGGAUCAUUGCAAGGCUCUUGUCAUAGUGGAAGACACCAAUUCUUUGCUCCCUGUUCUUGCUGCAUCCUUCUACGGGCAUCCUUCGAGGAGCCUCUCUGUAGUUGGGAUUACGGGAACAAAUGGCAAGACGACGACGGCCAGUUUGGUCAAGUCCAUCUUCGAGGCAGCUGGGUCGACGACUGGGAUGCUGGGCACCCUGGGGUACUUCCAUGGUGACAACAAAUUGGAAGCUCCCAACACAACCCCUGGUGCUGUAACAGUGCAGAGACUGAUGGCAGAGAUGGUGGGCAAUGGGACUAAUGCGCUUGUUAUGGAGGCCUCCUCUCAUGGGCUGGAGAUGGGAAGGUGCGAUGAAAUAGAAUUCGAUGUCGCAGUCUUUACAAACUUGACAAGAGACCACCUUGACUUCCAUGGGACUGAGGAGAAGUAUAGGGAGAGCAAGGGGAAGCUGUUUGCGAGGAUGGUCGAUCCCGGGAGGCAUCGGAAAGUUGUGAACAUAGAUGAUCCAAGUGCUUCUUACUUUAUAGCUCAAGGGAAUGCAGAUGUCCCUGUUGUGACCUUUGGAAUGGAGAAGAAGGAUGCUGAUGUGAAGCCUUUGACGUUGGAGCUUUCGUUGUUCGGGACACGGGUCAUGAUCGGCACGCCGCAGGGGAUACUGGAGAUUACUUCUGGGAUGGUGGGGAGGUACAAUGUCUAUAACAUUCUUGCAGCUGUUGCUGUAGGGAUUGCGGUGGGUGCACCAUUGGAGGACAUAGUGAAGGGCAUUGAAGGGGUCAAGGGUGUUCCAGGUAGGUGUGAGCUAGUUGAUGAGGGGCAGUCAUUUGCUGUGGUGGUGGACUAUGCUCACACCCCGGAUGCUUUGUCUCGACUUCUGGAUGCCAUGAGAGAGCUUGGUCCAAGGAGAAUUAUCACUGUCUUCGGAUGUGGUGGAGAAAGAGAUAAGGGGAAGAGACCUUUGAUGACAAAAAUUGCAUGCGACAAAAGCGAUGUGGUUAUUUUGACAUCUGAUAAUCCAAGGAACGAAGAUCCAUUGGAUAUCUUGGAUGACAUGUUGAUGGGAGUUGGAUGGACCAUGCAAGAUUAUUUACGACAUGGUGGAAUUUAUAGCUACCCAAUGCUUCCAAAUGGUCGCAGGCUUUUCGUCCAUGACAUCAGAAGAGUAGCCCUGCAAGCCGCCGCUGCCAUGGGAGAGGAAGGAGAUAUUAUUGUUGUUGCAGGUAAAGGCCAUGAAACGUAUCAAAUUGAAGGCGAUAAGAAGAAAUUUUUUGAUGAUAGGGAAGAGUGCAGAGAAGCAUUGCGUUAUGUACAUGAGCUGCGUCGAGCAGGGAUAGACAUUAGCGAACUCCCAUGGGGGUCCUCCUCUCUUUCAUCAUCAAACCUGUAAUGUGUUACUGAGGCAUUCGGCAUUGGUAUUUUCUUCAAAAGAGAUCGAAGUGAGCUUGUGCAGAUCAACACUAAUUAGAUUGGCUUGGUGCUCUUCUUGGUCCGCUGCGAAUGUCAAUUCUUACUGUAAACUAAUCUCUGUUCUGUAACUGCUAUAUUUAUCUACAGAUUACAAUAACGACAGCAACUCAAUCCUGUAUCGAUUUUUGUCUCAUAACUAAUUUGUCACUCCAAAUCUUUAUGUAGCAUUUGGUUGGAAACUGUCAAUCAAAAAGAGGAUAUGAUCCAUGAA